GCGAGUGCCAGUUCGGGCCACGAGACGCAGCUUCUUGCCAGGGUCCUGGCAGCUUCCUCUUCCACGGCCGCUUCCGUGUGGCCAGGGCUCCAGAGGCAGGAGCUGCUGUCUGCUUCUAGGCCCCCCUCUACCCCAGUUCGGAGCCCUGCCCCCUGGGGCCGGGCCGGGGGGGCCCGGAGGCCGGCUUAGGAUCCCAUGGGGGACCGGUAGGGCGAAGGCCUCAGGGUCGGAGGCUGGGCCAGAGCCCCGCAGCCCCAGCCAUGAAGUCUCGGCAGAAAGGAAAGAAGAAGGGCAGCGCGAAGGAGCGGGUGUUCGGGUGCGACCUGCAGGAGCACCUGCUGCACUCGGGCCAGGAGGUGCCGCAGGUGCUGAAGGCCUGCGCGGAGUUCGUGGAGGAGCAUGGGGUGGUGGACGGCAUCUAUCGCCUCUCAGGAGUCUCCUCCAACAUCCAGAAGCUCCGGCAGGAGUUCGAGGCAGAGCGGAAGCCGGACCUACGGCGGGACGUCUACCUGCAGGACAUUCACUGCGUGUCCUCCCUGUGCAAGGCCUACUUCAGGGAGCUGCCGGACCCCUUGCUCACCUACCGGCUCUACGACAAGUUCGCUGAGGCCGUGGCAGUGCAGCUGGAGCCUGAGCGCUUGGUCAAGAUCCUGGAGGUGCUUCGAGAACUGCCCGUCCCGAACUACAGGACCCUGGAAUUCCUGAUGCGUCACUUGGUGCACAUGGCCUCGCACAGCGCGCAGACCAACAUGCAUGCCCGCAACCUGGCCAUCGUCUGGGCCCCCAACCUGCUGAGGUCUAAGGACAUAGAGGCUUCAGGCUUCAACGGGACUGCGGCCUUCAUGGAGGUGCGCGUGCAGUCCAUCGUCGUAGAGUUCAUCCUCACGCACGUGGACCGGCUCUUCGGGGGUGCUGCCCUCUCUGCUGCUGAUGGGGAUGGUGGAUGGCGCUCUCUUCCGGGGCCCCGGGCGUCGGGCAGCCCUGAGGACCUGAUGCCCAGGUCCCUGCCCUACCACCUGCCUAGCGUCCUGCAGGCUGGAGACGGCCCCCCGCAGAUGCGGCCCUACCACACCAUCAUCGAGAUCACAGAGCACAAGAGGAAAGGGUCUUUGAAGGUCAGGAAGUGGAGAUCAAUCUUCAAUCUGGGUCGCUCUGGCAACGAGACCAAGCGUAAACUCCCACGGGGGCUGGAGGACAGGGAAGACAAAUCUGACAAGGGGGUGCUGCGGCCAGCCAAGAGCAUGGACUCACUGAGUGCUGCGGCUGGGGCCAAUGACGAACCGGAGGGGCUGGUGGGACCUAGCAGCCCCCGGCCAAGCCUACCGCUUUCUGAGAGCUUGGAGAAUGAUUCUGUGGAGGCAGCAGAGGGUGAACCGCAGCCCGAGGCAGAGGCCCUGGGCAGCACGAACUCAGAGCCAGGCACGCCACGAGCUGGGCGGUCAGCUGUCCGUGCUGGGGGCAGCAGCCGUGCUGAGCGCUGUGCUGGCGUCCACAUCUCAGACCCUUACAAUGUCAACCUCCCCCUACACAUCACCUCUAUCCUCAACGUGCCCCCAAACAUCAUCUCUAACGUCUCCUUGGCCAGGCUCACCCGUGGCCUUGAAUGUCCUGCCCUACAGCCCAGGCCGAGCCCUGCCUCUGGCCCUGGCCCCGGCCCGGGCCUUGGCCCUGGCCCCCCAGAUGAGAAGUCGGAGGCAAGCCCAGCCCCAGGUGCCCUGGCUGACUCAGGCGCGGCAGACGUGGCCCCUGCCCUGGAGGACUGCCUGUCCCAGGAGGUGCAGGACUCCUUCUCCUUCCUAGAGGACUCAAGCGGCUCAGAGCCCGAGUGGGUGGGGGUGGAGGAUGGGGAAGUGGCCAAGGCAGGAGCAGCAGGAGCAGCCUUCUCCCCUGGGGAGGAUGACCCUGGGAUGGGCUACCUGGAAGAGCUCCUGGGAGUUGGGCCGCAGGUGGAGGAAUUCUCUGUGGAGCCACCCCUGGAUGACCUGUCUCUGGAUGAGGCACACUUCGUCCUGGCUCCCAGCUGCUGUUCCCCGGACUCUGCUGGCCCUGGGCCAGAAGCAGAGGAGGAAAGUGGGGAGGAAGUCUUCCUGAGUGCCUACGAUGACCUCAGCCCCCUCCUGGGGGCCACACCCCUGGCCUGGGAGGGUCCAGGUCUUCGGGAAGAAGAGGCAGCAGGGUGUGGCAGGCACGAGGCUCCAGGACAGGCCGAGGAAGCACCGGCAUGCUGCAGACCUGGGCAGGACGAGGAGGCUGAGCCUGGCAGCAGAUGGGACAUCAGGGAGGAAGCUGAGGGGAGUCCAGAGUGUGAGGCGGAGGCUGGAGGGGCAGGGGAGGAUGAAGAGGAGGCUGGGGGAGGCCAAGAGAUGACGGUCAGUUUGAGAGAAGGAAGUGGGGAAGAGACAGAGGCCAACGGAGAAGAGGCCAAAGGUCAGCGGGAGGAUGAGAGCACGAAAGCAGCUAAAGGGGUGGAGAAAAUGGGAGGAGAGCAGGGUAAAGACAAGGACGAAAGAAAGACUGAGAGACAGGACGAGGCCGAGGAAGCGGGGGAAGCACAGGGAGAGGCCGGAAGGGACCCCGAGCACGAGGCCCAGGAAAGCCACGCUGUGGAGGAGAGCUGGGAAGUUGUACAGGAACGACAGGCUGAGGAAGGCAGAGGGGAUGAGGAUAAGGUCAAAGGACGGCAGGAGGACGGUGACCAAGAGGCCAGAGAAGACCGAGGAGACGGUGAAGACGGCAGAAGUGCAGAAGCGGCAGCUGGAGGAGGAGCAGGGGAGGUCGGCAAGGAGCGCGAGAGCGGCGAUGGAGAGGCAGAGGGGGACCGGAGGGCCGGCGGGGAUCAUUUAGAAGAGAGCUUCCUCCUUGGAGGGUCAUCUGUAGAGUCCUUGGAGGCUGACAGUGCCAAAGAGGGCAACGCCCGUCCCUCUGAGACAGAACAGGCAGCCCCACCGCCACUUCGGCCAGAGGAGAUGGAGCCUGAGGGGCAGCCUAGUUCAGAGGGCUGCAGUCCCUGCCUGUGUCCCCUGGGCUUGGCCGGCGGUGUGGGCAUGCGCCUGGCUUCCACCCUGGUUCAGGUCCAACAGGUCCGCUCUGUGCCAGUGGUGCCCCCUAAGCCACAGUUUGCCAAGAUGCCCAGCACAAUGUGUAGCAAGAUCCAUGUGGCACCUGCAAGUCCAUGCCUGAGGCCCGGCCGGCUUGAUGGGACUCCCGGGGAGAGGGCCUGGGGGCCCAGAGCCUCUCGCUCCUCUUGGAGGAAUGGGGGUAGUCUUUCUUUUGAUGCUGCUGUGGCUCUGGCCCGGGACCGCCAGAGAACUGAGGCCCAGGGAGUUCGGCGGACCCAGACCUGUACUGGGGGUGAGGACUACAGCCUCAUCCCCAGAACCUCCCCCUGUAGCAUGACCUCUGCCCAUUAUCCUCGGCCCCUCAGCUGCCUGGAGCUCCCUCCUGAAGGAUCAGAAGGGUCUGGACCUCGGAGUCGGCUUAGUCUGCCCCCCAGAGAACCCCAGCCCCUUCACCCCCUCUUACCCCCACAGCGCAGAACGUAUGCCUUUGAAACACAGGCUAAUCCUGGGAAAGGUGAGGGACUGUGAUUAGGACCAGAGCAUUGGGCAAAGGGGACAGUAAGUUGUCUGGGAUCUCUGGGGUCCCUAACUAGCUGUGUCUUCUGCAGCCCGAGGAGCUGCAGUGCCCAACUCUGUGGGCUCUGGGUCUCUAACUUCUCUGUGACUAUGGGAGGAACUGCCUUGGUUGGUUCACCUGAGCUUGGCUCAGACACAAAGCACUUAUCCCUUAGGAGAGUCCCAAGAAAGUCACCGAGAUCCUGUUCCUAGGGAGUGUGGUCAUUGGCCAAAGGGAACAGAGUAGGCAGAAAACGUAGAGGUUUCUCAAAGUGAAGAAUGAAGGGGGAACUCCAGCCAAGUCCCUGCCUUCCUCUGCCGCUGUGACCUUCUCUUCAUGGAAGCCCCCAGGGUGGAGGUGGGGAGGACAGGGCCGGUCAGAACUUGUCAUACCCUUCUAAAGUUGCUCAUCCUUGUUCUGCUCUUGGAUGCCUGUAUACCUCCCGACCCUCUUAGCUCCAGGUUACGCGCACGUGUCCAGGAAGCGCUGUGAAGACCUCGAUGUUUGCUGGAGGGACUGGCUCCCUUCCCAGCAACUCCACCCACUGCCUCUGGUCACCUUAAGGGAGGUCUUGCUGUGGCCUCGCCUUUUGCCUUGGGAACAACUUCCUCCUAUUUCAGGGAAGGGGAAUGGCAUCUCUGGGGCCCUGGGACUGCUUCCGCAGACAGGCUAGGGCCACUAGUCUCAUUCCCCUAAGGAGUGACGUCUCGGAAUAAAAGUUGUAUUUUCACAUGUAAAUAGUGUGGAGUUUGAUUAUUCUUAUUAGAGUCUUGGGUGACCG